CUGCACUGUACUGCACCAAGCUUGCCCCGGUCCAGUUAUUCGAAGCUCCUGCGUUGUCCCUGCAUGAGCUUCCUCCAACUCGGCCCUUCUUCCCACGUUGAGCGCCAUGUUCAGGCCACCAGGCUCUGACCCAAGAUGACGGACCCUGCGCCUGGUGCAGGCGAUCAUGACAGCCAUCAUGAAUCUCAAGACAUCGCCGCCGCCACCUCCUCGACUUCUGCCCCCACUGCCUCCAGUCCUGCAGCAGCCACAGCCGACCAGCCGAACCCUGGGCCAGUGGAGGAGGGCACCGGCGGUGCCGAGUCCCGGGAGACCACUGCUGGAGGUGACGGCGAGUCACAGGACGAUGGGAGCGAGGAAGACGAGGACGGCGAUGAGGAGGAGUCGAGCGAGAGCGAAGAGGACGACGAUGGGGACGAGGAGGAGGAGGAGGACGACGACGACGACGACGAAGAGCCGCGCUUGAAGUAUGCCAGGCUGACGCAGCAUCUGAGUGGUGUCUACAAGAAUGCAGACGCAACGAGCUCGUUCCUCGUGGCAGGGGACAAGAUGGUCAUAGGCACGCACAAUGGCAACAUCAAUGUCAUCCAACUGCCUGCCUUCCAAUCCAUUCGAGUCUACCACGCCCAUUCUGCCUCCGUGACGAGCGUCUCACUCUCGCCGUACCCGCCGCCCAUGAACCCCAUCAAGCCAGAGGUUGCCUCUCGGGCCAUAGCUGCAGCUGGAGGAGGCACCUCUUCCCGGCCGGAAUCGAGACAGUCGGGACCCAGCCCUGCCGCCACAAUGAGAAAGCCACGAGAACCCAUGCCUGUGCCAAAUGUGCCUUCCAACAACAUCUUUAUUGCCACAUCCUCCAUGGACGGCAAUGUCUGCGUGCAGUCUCUCGUCGACGUCAAGGAUGUGCAGCUGAGGAACUUUGCGCGGCCGGUUCAGUCUGUGGCCUUGUCACCCGACUUUAAGAACGAUCGGACAUACCUCUCUGGUGGGACUGCUGGUAGUCUCGUCCUCACCGUUGGGGCACCCCACGGCCGAAGCACCUCGACGACUGUUGGUACAGCGGCGGCCACGGCGUCUGGCUGGCUGGGGACUAUGGGCUUGGGAUCCAACACCGGCAAGGACACCAUCCUGCACUCCGGAGAAGGUAUCAUCAGCACCAUCAAAUAUUCUCUGUCGGGGAAAUACGUCGUGUGGCUUAACGAGCACGGCAUCAAGAUCAUGCGGUCAAGCUUGCACCUUGAUAGUGAUGAUCAUGAGGAUGCUUGGAAGAGAAUCGGCCAUAUUGACCGACCACAAACGGACGAGUGGGAAACCAUGGCUGGGGUGUGGAAGGGGCGCGUGGAAUGGAUCGAUGAAGCAGCAGUCCCCGACACCGACGGCGAGAAGGAUCCGGACGAAUUCGCUGCGCCUUCUCCCGCCGCUGAGAAGCUCAAGCUCCGUCUGAACAAGGAGAAGAAGAACGUAGAAAGGCUUCUGGUCGGAUGGGGCGGUACCAUCUGGAUUAUCCACGUCCACGCAGGUGGCGUUGGUGUCGGGAAGGAUGCAGGACAAAAGACAAUUGGUCGGGCAGAGAUCGUGAAGAUUCUUCGCAUGGACUGUAUCAUAUCCGGUAUCUCUUUAUACACGCAGAGCCUUCUGUUGGUUCUAGCGUAUCCUCUAGCCGGCGAGGACGAGGACGAUGACCACAAAAAAGGCAAGGCAUCCGCCAAAGGCCACAAGGCUCAGAAAGAAGCGAGCUCUGGGGCCGGUGGGCCAUCUGGAGGCGUGCGAAAGCGUCAGAACAAUUCACCACCCGAGCUCAGACUGAUCGAUCUUGUCUCACAAGCCGAGAUCGACAGGGAUAGCUUGAGCAUCAGCCGCUUCGAACGGCUAACAUCGAACGACUACCAUCUUGGUGUGCUGCCGCAACACACGGCAUCUGCCAUGGUUGCAUCCAAGGGUUAUCUUGAGGCUAUGGCUGGUAUCGGCGUGGACAUGUGGAACGUCGCCAUGAUGCCUGGAAAGGCUCUCUUCAGCUCGGCGGCUAGCAUUCGGAGCGGGCACAGCAACGACGGGGCAUCCAGCGCCAGGGUAGCCACUGGCAGCACCGCCGGCAGCAUUCGGCAGUUCGGUCAGCGGCAGGCCGUGCAGACUGUCCACCCCAGUCUCGCUAAGCCCGGCACCAAGAUCUUCGUCCACAGUCCAUAUGACUGUAUUCUGGCCUCGAAGCGAGAUCUUGCUGACCAUCUGGCGUGGAUUUUGGAGCGACAGGAAUACGAGCGGGCCUGGGAACUUGUCGAUGAGAACCCGGAAAUUGUCAGCGCGGCGGACGGUACUGCGGAACCGGGCUCGCCCCUGACACCCAUUCGGUCGCAUCCCACGCACAGCAGCGAUGACUUCUACGACGACACCGCGUCUACACUUGGCGGACUGCCCUUGAACCUGCUGGCAGAGAAGGAAAAGCGCCGCAUCGGAGAGCUCUGGCUCCAAAAACUUGUCGGCGCGAGCGAGUGGGAGAGGGCCGGCCAAGUCGCUGGCAAAGUCCUCACCUCAUCUGAGGGCUGGGAGAAGUGGGUCUACAUCUUCGCAGGCGCCAAUAAGUUUGACGAGAUCACCAACUUCAUCCCCAUCGAGCCGAUGCGGCCGCCCAUUCCCUCCACUAUAUACGAGGUCGUGCUGAACCACUACGUCCAGAACGACAAGCUGCGUUUCAAGGACCUGCUAGAGAGGUGGAACCCUGACCUGUUUGACGUCAACACUAUCACCACGGCUCUUGAGAACCAACUCAAGUACCGUGAUGUCAGACCGGACACGUACCAAGACGGGAUCAGAGGAAGAGACUGGAGCAUUGUCAUGGGAAGCCUUGCAAAAUUAUGUGAAGCCGACGGACGCCAUAGGGAGGCCCUCCGCUGCUACAUUAAGCUGCAGGACGCCGAUUCGGCCAUGCGUCUCAUCAAGGAAAGCCACCUGGCGGACGCUGUGGCAGAUGAUAUCCCCAGCUUUGUGACCUUGCGCAUCCCGCCGGGCAAAGAGGACAGCAUGUCCAUGGAGGAACUUGAGAAUGCGACGAGUGAGGCCAUCACACUCCUGGUCGAUGAAGCUCAGCACGGACUCGUCCGGCCAGAGGUUGUUGUCUCACAGCUUCAAGAGAAGGAGCUGAACAUCCACCUCUUCUUCUACCUCAGGGCGCUGUUCAAGGGCGAAGGCAUCAGCGAGCACCUCGGGGAGAACCGCGAUCGGCUGGUAAUGGAAAGCCAGAGCUUAGUGGACGGGUUCGCAGACCUGGCCGUCCACCUGUUCGCCAAGUUCGACCAGUCCAUUCUCAUGAACUUCCUGAAAUCUUCUACGUCUUACGCUUUCGAAAAGGCGGUGCAAGAAUGUGAGGACCACAAUUACAUCCCUGAGCUGGUAUACCUGUACUCCAAGACGGGGCAGAUGAAGCGCGCUCUCUACCUGAUAAUAGACCGACUGCGCGACGUCUCCCGCGCCAUCGCCUUCGCCAGGGAAGCCGACGACCCCGACCUCUGGGAAGACCUCCUCAAGUACAGCAUGGACAAGCCGCGGUUCAUCCGCGGCCUGCUGGAGGAGGUCGGCACAGCCAUCAACCCCAUCACCCUAGUCAGGCGGAUCCCCGAGGGCCUGGAGAUCGAGGGCCUGAGGGAAGGCCUCAAGCACAUCAUGAAGGAGCACGAGAUACAGUACUCCAUCAGCGAGGGCGUGGCGAGGGUGCUGAGGAGCGAGGUGGCCGCCGCACAGGCGACGCUGCGCAACGGGCAGAGGAAGGGGAUCAAGUUCGAGGUCGUGGUCAAGCAGGACGACCACGUCGACGUGGAAGCAAAGGACGCCCCGUCCGACAAGGCCUCCUCGGUCCACUCCGGCACCACCAAACCCCCGGCGCCGGCGCCGCCCACUACGAACGGCAGCAGCACCAAAGCCGAGGACGACGACAGGCCCGCCACGGGGACGGCAUCGCUCAAGAAGCCGGCCAAGAAGUGGGCGGCGGGCCACUGCGCCGCGCCGCAGUGCCUCGAGCCCUUCUCCCAGUGGGAGGACGAGACGCUCGUCGGCUUCGCGUGCGGCCACGUCUACCACCUCACCCACCUGCUCGAGGCGCUGCACCCGGGCGACGAGCGCCUGCACGACGUGGCGGACUUUGGGCACGACGGCUUUGGCGGCGGGGAGGGGGGCCACGGCGGCGGCGGCAGGCGGCGGACGAUCGGGACAAAGGUCACGCACGCGCGGCUGUUGCGGGACCGGGUCCGUGGGGGGUGUCCUAUUUGUCACCGGAGGCGGGGGGUGGUUGCCUGAGCGUGGGUGUGUGUGCGUGGCUCUCUUGCGUCUC